AAAAAACCGUAACUAAAAAUGGCCGAAGAAGAGCAUGAACAGUUCGAGUCCACCAGUGCUGGUGCAUCACUGACUUACCCCAUGCAGUGCUCUGCUCUCCGCAAGAGCGGUUAUGUCGUUAUCAAGGGACGUCCUUGCAAGAUUGUGGACAUGUCCACCUCCAAGACUGGAAAGCAUGGACACGCCAAGGUCCAUCUGGUUGCAGUUGACAUCUUCACCAACAAGAAGCUCGAGGAUCUGUCUCCCUCCACCCACAACAUGGAUGUCCCCAAUGUUAACAAGACUGAAUUCCCUUUGCUUGACAUUGAUGACGGUUUCCUUUCUCUCAUGAAAGACGACGGUUCCACCAAGGAUGAUGUCAAGAUCCCCGAUAAUGAGAUUGGUUCCGGCAUCCAGGAGUGCUUUGAUGCUGGAAAAGACAUUAUUGUUACCAUUGUCUCUGCAAUGGGUGAAGAGCAUGCUCUUGCCUUCAAAGAAGCUCCUAAAUAAAUGAUCUCUCAUAAUGCAAGGCAUUGAAAUAGCUAGGGUUCAUAUCUGAUUCUAUUGUUCAGCUUUUAUCGAGUUUAAACUUGUCUGGAGUUGAAUCUUGUUGGAUUAACUCUCAUUUCCCACUUUGCUUGCAUCUACCUCACUCCAAUCUUUUUACCUAUGAUAAUGAAUAUCUACGUUUAAAGCAU